AUGGUAACCGGAACUGGAGAUGCCUCCAGAUCCGCGUCGAGCACUCCAUUGCUGCAGACGGAGGUCCAUGCGCUUCAUCAGAGGCUUGACGUGCUACAGCGGGAGGUGUGGACCUUAGUCACCUGCCAAUCGCAAUGCAUCGCAAUGCCGCAGCGCCGACAGGUGGCCUGCUGCCGAGAGGAGGCAACAGCUCUGCGCGAGUAUCUCACAGAGGCGCCGCAGAGGCUGGACCAUCCGAAUGGUUUGCGUGUGAUUGUGGUAGUCCCUUUCGAUGGAGCAGCCAUGCCUGGCAUGCCAGCUGUGCCGACUCCGAAAGCACACCCGAUCUGGCUCAACGCAGAUCCCCUGCCACAUCUGGAGCCAAAGGAUGGUGUGUACAAGCUUCCAUCGCAGCUAGCCGCGGGCGUGGAGGUUGAGGAGGAGCUGUUAAUCAUGGCUAGGGCGGUGUGGCGGGCUCGUCGGAGAAUCUAUGACGAGGCUGAGCGCAGCAGCGGCAUGGCUGGUUCGAUCGCUGCAGAGGCACGUGCAGCAGCUUCGUUGCUGCCAGAGGCGCUGGAAGCGUACAGGCUGGCGGCGUCAGCCGCCGACCUGAGCCCAGCUGGCUCAAGCAUUCGUGCGGUGCUAUCCUGGUACAAUCACUCCGUACGUUUGGCCGUUGACAAGGGGACCUGGCCAAGGAAGGAUCUGUCGGCUUUGGCCCUGAAGAUGGGGGCAGCCAUGCUGCCCCCUGCGACGCCCUGUGAAUUUGUGGAGGAGCCAUUGUGCUGGUGGGCCUUCGGACAGCACAGCAGGGAUCCUGACUGGCUUGGCCACGGCUAUUUCUGGCGUCAGAUACCGCAGCAACUCUCGCCGGGCUUCCUGCUUGAGAAUGCUGCGGGAAACGCUAUGAACGAUUUCGACUGCCUCGAAGGCGGCUUCCGCCGUCUUGACGGCAAAGUCUUGGCCGCAGACUACUCACUUCUACGGUCGCACUUCCGAGACUUGCAAGGCAAGUCGAAUGUCGAAGUGGAUGCUGCGCUCAUCCAAGACGUUGAUGUAACCCACGGCAAGCAGGAAGCAGCUUGGCUUUCGGAGGGGCAGGCUCAGCGGCUGGACGAGGGCGGAGAUCACCACCACCUCAUCUCUUCGAAAGGGAUCCUGGGCGGCUCACGCUCUGCUUUGCGAGUGCGGAGCGGUGGGCGCGCAGCCACUUUUCUGGUGGGCGAUCGCUAUGGCAUUGACGAGGAGGGCAAUUUUCAAGCUGACAUGCUGGAUGUGAAGGGCAUCGGUACCCACGUGAUGGCCGACAUCUCCUCGGAGAAGGUGACGGGUUUGCUUGGCCUCGCCGACGCUUUGAGGGAGCUGGCCUUCCAGCGUUUAGUGCAGCGGCUUCUGGACCUGGAGGGCCUCAGCGACGUGAUGGGAACCGUUCCCUACUACGCGAUCAUUGACACUGGCUUAGUUUACUGUGGCAUUAAUCCCGCGACGGGAUGGACUGGUGAAAGCUGCGUCCUGCUGGUCAGACGACGUCAGUCCCGGCUUUUCGACUCUUACCAGGGCAUGAAUUUCUCAGGCGUUUGCCCGGACGACGUGCAUUCUCAGGGUCUUGGACGGGAAUUGCGCCGGGUGCUGGGGAGUCUCUGCCGAAUUUGA